AUGCGCCUUCUGUUUCUACCGCUCCUUGUAUUGGCAACAGUUCGGGCCGAGUACGAUGACUCGUUGAAGUGCACGGUCUGUGCUAAGGUUGCUAACUAUAUUAUUCCUAUGAUCAGAGAAGCGGGCAAUGAUGUAAGUUCAUAUUAUGAUAUCGUAGAACCUAACUUUACAUUGAAUUAUCUUAAAAGUUACUAUGACUUCUUAAAGCUUAUGUAUAAAAGAAAAUUUUUUAGAUAGGCUUUCCCAACGUAAAUUAAAAAUUUUAACCUAUAAGCUACAAGACUAGUAAACAAUCUAAUUUUAGGCCGCUGACAACAUUUGCGACACCUUCAGCAGCGACGGUGUUCGCAGCGCCUGUGGCCAAAUCGUUGGCACCGGCUGGUCGAUGAUCGUGAACUGGGUAAAAUACAGAAAAGCUGGACCUCGCGACAUUUGUGUGUCUAUCAACUUCUGCGAGAACGGUGGCCGCGACCUCGACCAUGAAGACGCCAACCCUGAUCACGCUCGCUCGCACGGUGAAUCUGACGACAACGGAAAUAGCAACAUCGGCUCAGGAGGAGCUGGUAUUGGUUCCGGAGGCUUUACUGGUCAUGAUAGUGCUAACGAUAGAGACAGUGGUCGUGAAGGCUCGGUUGGUCGUGACAAAGACAGAAGACCAGACCACGAUCGUGUACCCGACCGUAGCCGCUCAUCCAGCCCCAGUCGCAACGGUGGCGGCGAUGACUUAAACUUUGACAGCAUUGACGCCGAAAGAGAACGUCAAGCCGAACGUGAACGUCAAGAAGAAUUAGGCAGUUCGAGAGGAAGACGUAGCGCCGUUCAACGUUAUCGAAACCAUAUGGCUCAACGAAAGUAA